AUGGUAAUCAAAACCAUAAGAUACAAGAACCCUAACAAACCUAAACUUCCACCAGGUCCCAAACCAUGGCCUAUAGUUGGUAAUCUCCCUGAAAUGCUCGCAAACAAACCUACAACUAGGUGGAUACAUAAAAUUAUGGAAGAGUUUAACACCGAAAUAGCAUGUAUCCGCCUAGGAAAUGUCAAUGUUAUUCCUGUUACUUGUCCCGCCAUUGCCCGUGAAUUCUUGAGAAAACAUGAUGCGGAUUUUGCAUCAAGACCGAUAAGUGUGGUCAGUGAUAUUAUCUCCAAUGGCUACAUGACCUCAGUUUUUGCACCCUAUGGCGAACAAUGGAAAAAGAUGAAGAAAAUUAUUGCUAAAGAUUUGUUCUCUCCACGCAGACAUCAAUGGCUUCAAAACAAAAGAAACGAAGAAGCAGAUAAUCUUAUGUUUUACGUGUACAACAAAUGUAAUAAUGGCGGCCUUGUGAAUGUUAGGAUUGCUACUCAACAUUAUUGUGGCAAUGUGUAUAGGAAAUCUUUUUUUAAUAGAAGGUACUUUGGAAAAGGUAUGAAGGAUGGAGGGCCUGGUGUUGAGGAAGUUGAACAUGUUGAUGCUGUUUUCAUAUUGCUUAACUAUGUUUUUGCUUUCUCUGUAUCUGAUUAUAUCCCAUCGUUGAGGUUACUUGACUUAGAUGGCCAUAAGGGGGAGAUAAAAAAUGCAAUGAGGAUAAUGAACAAGUAUCAUGAUUCCAUCAUUGAAGAGAGAAUUAACCAAUGGAAUGAUGGAGCAAAGAAUGUUGAAGAGGACUUGCUAGAUGUUUUGAUCUCCCUCAAAGAUGACAAUAAUAAGCCAUUAUUGACAACAAAGGAAAUCAAGGCACAAGUUAUUGAAUUGAUGAUGGCAAUGGUAGACAAUCCAUCAAACGCGGUUGAAUGGACAUUGGCCGAAAUGUUAAAUCAACCCGAACUAUUUCAAAAAGCCACUGAAGAAUUGGACAAUAUAGUUGGAAAAGAUAGAUUGGUCCAAGAAUCAGAUAUUCCUAAACUCAACUUCUUGAAGGCUUGCGCAAGAGAAGCUUUCCGCCUUCAUCCCAUUACAGAUUUUAUUCCUCCCCAUGUCGCGAUGAAUGAUACAAUGGUUGGAAAUUACUUGAUACCAAAGGGUAGCCAUGUAUUGCUUGGAAGAAGUGGUCUUGGGAGAAACCCAAAAGUUUGGAGCGAACCAUACAAAUUCAAACCAGAACGUCAUCUCAAGAACGACGGGUCUGAUAUAUCAUUGAGAGAGCCAGAUUUAAAGUUCAUAUCCUUUAGUACCGGAAGGCGCGGUUGUCCAGGUGUCAUGCUUGGCUCCACAAUGACUAUAUUGCUAUUAGCUAGGUUACUCCAUGGAUUCACUUGGAGUGCGCCUUCUGAUAUAUCAAGAAUUAAUUGCGUCGACUCCAAUAGUGUUCUGUUUCUUGAUGCGCCAUUGACGGUUGUAGCAAAGCCACGAUUAGCAGUGGAAUUGUUUAAUAAGUUUUCAAGUAAAUGAAAAUAAGAAGCUAAUGUGCUAGCUUUGUUUCAUUUAUUUAGUAUCACAUAUAUGAUAUAUCCACAUUUUGAACUUUAUUUUAAAAUCAUGUCAUGUAAUUAUAUGCAAUUUUAAUGUAUUAUGUUUUAUUAAUGGCAAAUUGUUAGUUGACUAGUUAUUUCAA